AUGUCUACUCUAUCUAAUGAGCCUGUGCCUGCACCUCACCAAAACAUAUCUUCCAAUGAACUGAGUUUGGCCUUGAGACUACAUGGUGUCCUAAAGGAGGCCGUCACAGAAAUGAUAGACUUCUUUUGUAACACAAUUACACCUCCAGCUGGGCCUCUUGAUAUAUUCAUAGAACCAGCUAAGUCUGGACUUGAUCCCAUGCAGGCUCUUCUUCGCUGGGUGAUUGAAACACAGCAGCCUUUUACAGUUGUUGAACAUCCUACAUGGAAAGAACUCCUUAAGAGUCUAAAUGCUAACUGUCCUAUUAAAACUGCAGAUACUCUUCAAAAUCGAGUUCAGAGUGAAUAUUCAAGUUGA